GCAGAAUGCAGACGCAGACGACUGCCAUUUUCAUUUGGGUUAAAGUUGGUUUACCGUUUAGUUUAAGUUUAAUAGAGCAUAUAGACAGAAAUGCACAAACAGACUGGCAAUGAUAGGUUAGUAAACCUUCACACACGUCUUAACCAUGAGGCAGAGAAAAUUGCUCAAUGGAAAGUCAGCACAGAGAUAGAGCUUCAUCAGAAGGAAAAGUUGUUAGAGGAGAGUGAACAAACUAUAAAGGCCUUACGACAGACUCUGCUUGAUGUGCAGCUGCAAAAUGAAAAUCUCAGUUUAAAAAUUCAGGAAGAAAUUAACCACAGGGAUGAAAUGGAACAAAGAAUGGUAACAACAAGAGAAAUGUAUGCCUUUCUAAAGACACAUAUUGAAACAAUUGAGGAUCGACUAAUGAAGUGUGAAGAAGACAGAACUGAACUAAAAUACUUGGACAAAGAACGGAUAGAACAGUUUGAAGAUCUGUCUAGUCAAUUUACGAAGCUGGAAAUAACCCAAUUUGAGAAACAUCAAGAAAUUUUGGAUAAAUGUAAGCAAGUUAUAUUAUUACACAAGACAUACCGUAUUGUUAAAUGUCAGUUCUGAGCGGAUUCCUGAACUAGGUG